AUGGACAAGCAACAGGAAGCCGCGGUCGCAGCAGCCGGUACAGCGUCGGAAGACAGCAUUAGCAUGAAAACGGAAUAUCCCACUCACGAGGUGUACGUCUCCGAACCACCACCGGCAUACAAACUCAAAACUCGACCGACUGCCGUUCAAAUAGCGAGAAUAGCAGCAUUCACUGUGAUCGCGUGCUCAUUCAUACUUGGAUCAUUCAUGCUGGCUGCCGCUUGGUUACAGGCGAACGCGUCCUGCUCUCAGUUAAUGCACGCCGAAGCGCUCCUCAGACAGAGUGAAGAAGCUGUAGACCGUCCACAGUAUCAGGCACUUGUCGACCCUUUGCAAUCGGACGAGACAUCUGAUUCGAAGCAAGAGGAGCUUCCCGUGCACCAACAAUCAACCAGGAACGUCGACAGUCCGACCACCGGUAAUAAUGAUCAACAACCGGCUGCGCCAGUUCAAAUUAAGUUGCCAUUGGAAUUAGAUUUCGACGAAAUCGUUGGGGCUUUACUCGAGAAAAAUCAACGCUCGAGGAUGAACUGUGUGAUCGAGAAGAAACGCGCCGAGGAGGUCAUGGACCACCAACCGAAAACAUUGCGUCUGCCAUUCGGCGUGAACAUUACCACUGAUCCUCGUUUUGAGCACGUUACAGGUGAACGAUUAAGCAUCGUUUGCGAGAGUGGACACGACGAGAGACGAGCUCCAAGUCCGGUGGAACAAAUGCAACAACAGCCAUCAAUGAUGAUGCCGAUGCCAAUGGGAGCUAAUCCGAUGACUCAUUUACCAAGUAUGAUGGGACCACCUCCACCACCCCAUCAUAUGCCACAUCCUCACCACCAUCAAGCUCAAAGCGGACCAAUACCAAUGGCCUUGAUUGCCAGAAUCAACGCCGACAUUGACAAUCAGCUCCAAAUGCAAGAGCAACAGCAGAUCGAAGAGCAUAUCAUUCCCAUCUUCCAACAACUGUUACCCGAACUGAGACCUGCGUCCGAUAACCACCAUGAACAUCAACAACACCAUAAACAAGAAGCUGAGGACAGAGCCAUGCCCAACAAAGUUCUAUAUCAUCCAGCGAUGGCCGAAGGAAGAUCCAUGUACACCGUUGCUAUAUCCGACAAACCAAGCGGAGACGGUCCAAUGAUGCACCAAUCUAUGCCAUCCGAAUCUGUCCGCCAGAAUGGGCCCAUGUUCCAAAGGGUUCCUAUUCACGUGCCUAUGUCCAUGAUGAUGCCACCCGGUGCCGGACAAUCUAUCCAACAAGAUCCAAUCGACGAACCCAAAGCAGAUCUUCGUCCACACUUUGUUCACCCACGUUCAGUUGAGUCAGUUCACGAGAUCAACCAAAAUGAAGAGAUGGAUUCUAGAAAAUGA